AUGGGUGGAAUUAAAGUUCCCUGCUUAGUGGACACUGGGUCCAUGGUAUCCACAGUCACUGAGAGCUUCUUCCACCAACAUUUCGAACCUUGGGGCCGGGAGAGGCUCCAGUCUUGUCACUGGCUACAGCUCAGCGCAGCUAAUGGGUUGGCUAUUCCAUACAUUGGUUAUCUGGAGCUGGACGUGGAGCUUUGUGGUAAGUUCAUGGCACGCUGUGGUGUGUUGGUGGUCAAGGACCCCCCUGGUGGUGUUGCUUCUCGGGUCCCUGGUGUUUUGGGGAUGAACAUCAUCCGUAGAUGCUAUAAGGAGCUCUUUGGCCAGCAUGGCUUGGCUUUGUUUGACUUGCCCUCAGUAUCUGGGGCACCAGAGUCUGUUGUUGAGGCAUUACAAAAAUGCCAUCAAGCCAGUGUCAAGGCCCCUCAAAUUACCCCGGGCAAGGUCAGGGUGCGUGGUAGGAAGGCUUGUCGGAUUCCUGGUGGUGCGAUGAAGAUUGUUGCAGCCACAUGCUCAGAGCAAUAUGUUGGCAAGACAGUGUUGUUUGAGCCUUUAGACUCUGGCCUUCCUGCUGGACUGCUUGCCUCUCCAGCUCUGGUCCGUGUAGAACGGGGCACUGCCUACAUUCCUAUUGUGAAUGUGGGCUCUACUGACGUGCUGGUCUAUCCUCGCACGGCGGUUGGCACCUUGAAUGAGGUCAGUGUGGUCAGCCUGCCUGCGGGGGUCAGUGAGGUGCCUUCUGGUGUGGCCAUGGUGGCAUCCCAGACAGUUUCUGAUCCUGUGCAGGAUCAGAUACAAGCUGUGGAUUUGUGUCCGUUGCCUGCUGAAGAAAAAGGGAAGGUCAGGUCCCUCCUUCAGAAGUACACUCCAGUCUUCUCUGCCCAUGAUGGUGAUCUAGGCUGUACCAAUUUGGUAGCUCAUGAGAUCCCUUUGCUGGAUGAUGUUCCAGUCCGGCAGCGCUAUCGGCGCAUACCACCAUCGGACUAUGAAGUGGCAAAGGAGCAUAUUAAUCAAUUGCUUGAGGCACAGGUGAUCAGGGAGAGUAGCAGCCCGUAUGCUUCUCCCAUUGUAUUGGUGAAAAAGAAAGACGGCAGCCUCCGUAUGUGUGUUGACUACAGGCAGCUCAACAGUAAGACCAGGAAGGAUGCCUUCCCUCUCCCCCGCAUCGACGAAUCCCUCGAUGCCUUGACGGGUGCUCGCUGGUUUUCCACCCUGGACUUAGCCAGCGGGUAUAACCAGGUUCCAGUGGCAGAAGCAGACCGGCCUUAAACGGCAUUCUGCACACCAUUUGGCCUCUUUGAGUGGAACCGCAUGCCCUUUGGGCUCUGCAACGCUCCUAGCACCUUCCAGAGACUGAUGCAACGGAUUUUUGGCGACCAACAGUGCCAGUCUCUGCUCCUUUAUCUGGAUGACAUUGUGGUUUUCUCUUCCACAGUCGAGCAGCAUCUAGAGAGGUUGGAGGUGGUGCUGGGACGGUUGCAACGGGAAGGUCUCAAAGCGAAACUGUCCAAGUGUGCCUUCUUCCAGCGGGAGGUGCGCUAUUUGGGGCAUGUGGUGUCUGAUCGGGGUGUUUCCACAGAUCCUAGCAAGGUGGAGGUCGUGGCCAACUGGCAGCCUCCAACCACCAUCUCUGAGCUGCGGUCGUUCCUUGGCUUUGCCAGUUACUACCGGCGGUUUGUGGAGGGUUUUGCCAAGUUGGCUGCCCCCCUACACAAGCUAGUUGCUGAGCUUGGAGGCACCAAGUCAAGGAGAUCAGAGCAUGGGAUCAGUGGGCACUGGACUGAGGAGUGCUGCCACAGCUUCGAAAUGCUUAAAAUCAGGCUCACCGAUGCACCGGUGCUUGCUUAUGCUGACUUUUCCCUCCCUUUCAUCUUGGAGGUUGAUGCAAGCCAUGGUGGCUUGGGAGCUGUGCUGUCGCAGGAGCAGGGUGGCAAGGUGAGGCCCAUCGCUUAUGCCAGCCGAGGCUUGAGGCCCACUGAGCGCAACAUGGCAAAUUAUAGCUCCAUGAAGCUGGAGUUUUUGGCGCUCAAGUGGGCCAUGACUGAAAAAUUCAGGGAGUACCUGCUCGGCCAUAAGUGUCUGGUCUACACGGACAACAACCCACUUAGCCACCUGUCCUCUGCUAAGCUUGGUGCUGCUGAGCAGCGCUGGGCAGCACAGCUUGCCUUAUUUGAUUUCGAGAUUAAGUAUCGCUCAGGGAGGAGUAAUAAAAAUGCUGAUGCACUGUCCCGCCAGCAUCCCCCUGAAGCACAGAAUAUCGAAGUUAUGCUCCCUGGCACAUCACUCCCCAGACCCUUGCAGCAAGCGCUGCAGGUGCAAAAGGCUGAAGCCACACAAGCGGCUGUUAUAGCCCUGCCCUACCAUACCCCUUCUGACCUCUGUGUGUUCCAGCAAGAUGAUCCUGUUAUUCAGGAGAUCUUGGCAUUUUGGGAACAGAAGCGGCGUCCGAACUAUGAGGAGCGAAAGCAGCUGUCACAGCCUGCUUUGACAUUGCUCCGGCAAUGGGACCGCUUGGUAAGGAGGGAUGGAGUCCUCUAUCGUCAGGUUCAUCGUCCUGAUGGUGCAGAGGCUGUUUUUCAGUUGUUGUUGCCUGCUUCCCUAAGGGAAGAGGUUCUGACUGAGGUCCAUCAGAGGCAUGGCCAUCAGGGUGUCGAGCGAACUCUGGAACUGCUGCGACAGCGGUGUUAUUGGCCAGGUAUGUCCUCCGAUGUGGCGCAUUGGUGUCAAAGUUGUGAGAGGUGCCAGGUGGCCAAGGACAAUCAACCUGCUGUUCGUAGUUUCAUGGGACAUCUGCUGGCUUCGCGGCCUAAUGAGAUCCUGGCCAUGGAUUACACAGUGUUGGAACCCACUCAAAGUGGGAUUGAAAAUGUCCUUGUUCUUACUGAUGUUUUCAGUAAGUACACACUGGCUGUUCCUACUCGGGACCAACGAGCCUCCACUGUGGCUCAGGUGUUGGUUACGGAGUGGUUCUCAAAGUUUGGGGUCCCUGCCCGUAUACAUUCUGAUCAGGGCCGCAACUUUGAGAGCUCCCUGAUCCAGCAGCUCUGUGGCCUUUAUGGCAUUGAGAAGUCCCGCACCACUCCAUACCAUCCAGCUGGCAAUGGUCAGUGUGAGCGGUUUAACCGGACCCUUCACAACCUGCUGCGUACCCUCCCUGUGUCCCAGAAGCGGCACUGGAACUCUUGCCUGCCACAGGUGCUCUACUCCUACAACACCACGCCCCAUCAGGCAACUGGUGAGACACCAUUCUUUUUAAUGUUUGGACAAGAGCCAAGGCUCCCAGUUGAUUUCCUGUUGGGCCGGGUUCCAGACCCUGUUGGUGGUGGUGUCCAUGAGUGGAUUCAGGAGCAUCAGGCUCGGCUGCAGAUCGCUUUUGAGGGUGCCCGAGAGAGGUUGAGAGUCGCAGCAGAACGUCGGAAGAGGAAUCAUGACCAGCAUGUCCAAGAUGUUCCAUUGAAGGUGGACCAGUUAGUAUUGGUGCGAGAUUUUAGUGUGAGGGGGCGCCAUAAGAUCCAGGAUCUGUGGAGCUCUGUGGUGUACAGAGUUCUUAAGGUGCCAAAAGAAGGAGGUUCUGUGUACACCAUUGCACCUACGGGUGACCACACCAAAGCCAGACGAGUCCAUCGGACGCUGCUGAAGGCCUUGGUUGGAGUUGGUUCCCCAGGUGGUGCUGCCGCCUCCUGUUCAUCUCCUCCUGACCAACAACAGUCCGAGGACGAACUGUCGCUUGAUUGUGACUUGUUGGUCCUGAGGCACGAGGCGCCUCAGCCAACGUCCAGCCAAUUAGCUGCAGCGACUCAGACCACCUCUUCGUUGCCAGCUUUACGAACGGAUGCAGCCCAGACUGCAUCAGGUCCUUCAGUGGCCCCUGCUGCCGUGGUGGCAGGCUCCGUACCUUUCCAGCUGGCUGGCCCAUCAGCCAUUGACCCUGGUACCAGUGACACGGCAGUACGUCGGACAGCACGGUCGACAGCUGGUCAACACUCCAAUGUCCAUCAUCUCCCGAGACCAGUUGGAGGCGUUGGUCACGUUGCUGCAAAUGUUCCGGGGCCGGUGUCUAAUGCUGUUUCUGCUCUCUUUAGGCCGUGGAGCUAG